UUCCGAGCCGUCGUUGGAGGCUUCCCCGACGGGGAGCGGAGCCGCCAGUACGCGGACGGUGGUGGUGCUUGGCAAAGCAUGGCGCUGAGCUCGGUGAUGCCGGGCCGUGGGCUCCACGUGACGUGCCUGGCGGUGAUGGUGCUGAGCGGGAUUCACCUCGCCGUCACUCUGCUCUACUACCUGGACAUACACGUCUACAGCGGGCAGAUGGUGCGGCGCUUCGGCAGCUUCCUGGUGGCGGACGGGAUCGGCACAGCGGCGGGCCCGGUCCCCAACACCACAAACGCCAAUGGCAGCGUCGAGUCCCCGUCUCCCCCUCGCCUGCCGUUGCAGCCGUGUCCGGACACUUCACCGCAUCUGAUGGGACCACUUUCAAUAGAAUUUUCUCAGACUGUUGAUCUAGAAGAUGUGAAAAAUACUAAUCCAUUGUUAAGGGAAGGAGGCAGAUUUGCUCCAAUAGACUGUACAGCUCUUCAGAAAGUUGCCAUCAUUAUUCCUUUUCGCAAUCGAUUUGAGCAUUUGAAAUAUUGGUUGUAUUACUUGCAUCCAAUUCUUCAGCGCCAGCAACUGGAUUAUGGAGUGUAUAUCAUUAACCAGCAUGGAGAAGAUACUUUUAAUCGUGCCAAACUUCUCAACGUAGGUUUUAUGGAAGCUUUGAAAGAAUACGACUACAACUGCUUUGUGUUCAGUGAUGUUGAUUUGAUUCCCAUGGAUGAUCGAAAUUUAUACAGGUGUUACAGCCAACCAAGGCACCUGGCUGUAUCAAUGGAUAAAUUUGGUUUCAGAUUACCCUAUAACCAGUACUUUGGAGGGAUAUCAGCGUUAAGUAGAGAACAGCAUGAAAAGAUUAAUGGGUUCCCUAAUGAUUACUGGGGUUGGGGAGGAGAAGAUGAUGACAUCUACAACAGGAUAAUUUUCAAGGGCAUGAAGAUUUCUCGUCCGAAUGGUGGCUUUGGGAAAUGUCGUAUGAUCAGACAUAACAGAGAUAAAAACAAUGCACCUAACCCUCAGAGGUUUAACAGAAUUUCUAAAACAAGACAGACAAUGGAACAUGAUGGUUUAAAUUCACUCAAGUACACGGUGUUAGAGGUCAAGAAAUAUCCUUUAUACACCUUUAUUGAUGUGGAUAUUGGUGGGCCUGGAAGAUCACCUUCAAGAUAAGAAAAAGCUGUGGAGAACUCAGUCCUUAAACUCAAGAGUCUUUCUGUUCAUCCUGAGUACCAUGUGUGCCUUAUUAAUUUAACUUCAUGCGCUGUGUUUUCUCCUUGUUUUAUCAAGAGUUGUUGAUGAUGAACUCAAAUUGCCGCUGGGAUUUCAUCAUGUCAGCUCCAGAAACUCGAACAUCACACUGGGUGGACAGUUUCAGAAUUACGCCCUUAUUUCAAAACAAACUUUUAAAGUCUGAAUGCUAAAGUGAUUUUCCAUUUGUUUUCUAACCUAGGUGUGACUUUCAGGCUCUCAUGAAUACCCUGUCACCUAUGUUCUAAAUAUGUUGCUUCGUCAGUUCAUUCAUCAGCUGAAGCAUAUGCUUUUAUUUCACUUCAGAUCGCCGAUGAAGCAUUUGUAAUUUGUGUGCACUCACACAGAUGUCUGAGAAUAUGAUAUCUGAAAUGUGAUACAGACCCAGCAAAGGCAAGCUGCCUGUUUGCCAAUGAAUUACAUUUCACUGUUAUAAGACUUUGGCUGAGAUGAUUGAACACAUUUUCACUCUAGGAGAAAAUUCAACGUUGAAUUUGAAGAGUGAUGUCCCAUCAAAAGUCAGCUAUCCAUUGUGAAUUCAAGUGUUGUGAAGAGGACUUUAGCUCACUGGGGAUGCUGGCUAGGAAAGUAACUACUAAUAAUAUAUUGCCAGUGUGGCUUUUUUGUGUUGUUUUUUUCUCCAAUGUGAGUAAUUCUGAUAAGAUUAUAAGUUAGAGGAGCAGAAUUAGAGCAUUUGGCUCUUUUGAGUCUGCUCUGUCAUUUGAUGGUCCCAUUUAUUGCCCAUCCCUCAUUCCUGUACUAGCAGUAAUGCUGUUUCCACAUUGCUAUUGGUUAGGAUAUUCAGGAUGUUAACCUAAUGAUGAAAUUAUGGUAAUAUGUAUUACCCUAUGUGUUGAAAGAUGUGGUUGUUUCAGUGACCUCACCUAAAAUUGUUUUACAUCAAUGUGAAAAUAUUUCCUUGUCUUAAUGUUUGGUAAUCAAAUGGAAGGGUAGCUUCCCCUCUGAAUCUGAAGGUGGUGGAGAUAAUGCUUUUGUCUGGAAACAACACAUCUCAAAAACUAACAGAAUUUCAUCAAAACUUGGUAUGCAAAUAGGGCAUCUCCCUAGGAAGAAACGGUUAAUUUUAGCAAACAUGCAGGCUUGGGAUCUUUGGAUUUUAUUGAAAGCAUUUGUUAAUAUUGAAGUAUAUUCUCACAUAGAAUAUUGCUUCUUGUAUUUGCAAUUUUUUGGUUAUCACAGCAGUCAAAAUAUGAGCACAUGAAACUAGCUCACUAAAAUGCAACAUUGUUUUUUUAUAUAAUGAUCUAACUACAUAAUUAAUCAGUCAGGAAAAACCUUGAAGAGAUGCCUAACAGCAUAAUAAGGUUGUUAAUAUAGCAUAACCUGAGCUGUGCUUGCUUUCUAGUUCCCUCUUCAGUUGUUAUAUCUGAUUCUGUGUGUCUCCCCCUUCUUCUCCCCCCCCCCCUCAGGAAAAUACCAUCGCAAAUGCAUGCCUGAUUCUUCAUACUUGUGCAAAUACAUGCAUAUAAUACACAUUCUUCAGUCUGUUUCAAAUCUCUGCAAUGUUGCACAUGCUUCAUGCAUCAUACCACAUACAGGCAUUAACAGUGCCAUUUGCUGUGAAUGCUGACAUCUUCCUUGUGUAGACCCUUAAAGCAUGCACAAAACUGGGUGUGAUUGAACACUUUCACACACAAAAUGUUGCUUUUAGACUGAAAAUGUUCAGCUGAAGAAUGAUUCAGAUGUCAUAUCUAUAGGCUGCAUCAAAAAUAUCCAAAAGUGUAAAGAAGAGAUAUGAUAGUGGUCAUUGUCCUAUCAGGGUCCAGUCUAUCCAAUGGCAAAGUGCCCAAAGUGGUAUUGUCAGACCAAUACUAGAUUUUGGCCAAAGUUGCAUCAAUGAAAUUGCCAGCAUUUAUGAUAGCAAGAUCUUCUGACAGGAUGUAUUUCAUGGCCACUGCUGUUACUCCUGGAACUUCCAAAGUGCUAUUGCUACAGAUUUCAUUCUUAUGUACAAGUUUAAAUACAAUCAACUUUCUGCUACGGGACCAUAGUUGCUGGACUGUAUAUUGGCUAUUACUUGCCCACCUUCUAAUAUCUAAAGUUUUUCGACUAUCUUUCUCUUGCUUUUAGUUGAACCUGGAAGAAAGACAAACUUAGCAAUUGAGGCAGUUUGCACUGUUAGCCUGAACAUUCUUAUUUCUCAUUUUGGGAGAUGGCUGAUCUCUUUGGGGCUGGCUCAUACUUGAAUUAUUCCGAGUUGCAGAGUCUGGCAUUUCUGAUACUCUUAGCAGCACUUUGAGUGUGGUUGUCAGUCUGCACAUUGCUGUUCAAGAUUGCUUAUUCUGUUUUUGAAGCAGCCAUUUCUUAUGCAGAAACAAUGUACCCUAAAAAUGGCCUAGUUUCUUUAGGAUACUUUGCAUCUUGGGUUGUUCAGCUUCUGAAACCUAAAGUUGCGAACUGUAGGUAAUUUUAAACCAGUUCUACAAAGGACAAGGCCAUGAAGUUGAGUGAAACUAAUGCAUGCAGGAUAAGGUUAACAUUAAAACUGUUUUCUAGUGUUCAAACAAUUUGGAACUUUAACCAUUUGUAAAUUUUCAGCCUUCAGCUUAUACUCCAAGUUCUUGACUCUGCUUCAGUUACAGUCAAUUGAUGCAAUUGCUCCAGGCAUAAAACAGAUUGCAUUUUAUAAGUAAGCAACACACCCCUUGAAUCCUCAGAGAAAGCUUUGUAAUAUGCAUCCACAGUCUUUGGAGCUUUUAUUUCUUUUGUCUCACUGAAUCAUAGGGAGCUAUUUGACCCACCUUGCUCAAUUAUAGCUCUGAAAAAUGAGGUUGAGGUGGGGCGAUGGAGGUUCAGUUAAAAGGUUAACUUGAAUGGUGGCAAACUUGUUCCACCAGAUUUUAGUAGGCUGAAUCUUUGUUUAAAUACUUGAUUUGUGACAUUCUGCUGCUUCUGAUUUAUUCUCUCGAGUGGCUGGGCAGCACUUGUCUCUAUUUCACUGAAAACCUUGAUGUAGAAUGCAGUCUGUUUUAAUCAUGUUGAUUUUGCAAAGUUAAUUUUUGAACGCCAUUUUUCUAUUAGCAAAUAUGCUUAUUUUUCAGUGCUGUAUAAAAUCUUCCUUGCCCCUGUCAAUCAUAUUUUGCAUUUUAGUUUUGAAUAGUCAGCUAAAUAGCCGAUGCAGAUUUUUUUAAAAAUCAUGUUCACCUUGCAGGAAAAGCAGACAACAUUCAUGAGCAUGCAUGCCACUUUUAGUGGUAUUACCUGCUUACGUAAAUAUCAUGUCAUUAUGCUGCCUAGGGAAAGAAAAAAAAAUCAUCUGAAACUUGUGUUUUAAGAAUGAAUGAAGCCUUCUUUGAAUUAUCCACUUUCUUUGUUUUUUAAAUAUUCUAUUAAAUUUCUCCCAAUUCAUUUCCAGAAAUCUGAGGAAUAGCUGUCAAUUCUGGUAAAUUCUCAGCCAAAUUGAGAAGAUUGGCCAUCCAGUAGUUGGAAAUGCCAAGCCAGUAAUGGAAUGUUGAGAUUUUUAACAAACCUCUCACCUUGCCUUCAAUUAACCUCUCGUUCUGAUGACCAUUCACUGUUCAAUCUACGUGACUUGUUGGUGCCUUUGAUUUGAGCUCGAGCUUUAGUUGGCCUUUUAACAAAAAUAUUUAAAUGCAUUAUACUAUUAAAACUGACCACUUUUUAAUAUAUUGAACAAAUAUAAAAAUUGCACUCUUGCGGCUGUUACAGUGAAAGUGAAAAUGCAGUGUAACGGACAGCAAGUUUAUUAUUCAGCUGUUUUUUUUUUGGAUAGUUUUUUUUGGAAUUAAACUGCAUAGUAUGCAGGCCUGUGGCUAAUCUGGAGACUGCUUGCGUGUGCUGAUAAUUCAAUUGCUACCUACCAUUGUUUCUUUAUCUGGCCGUUGUGAAAAUACUUUAAACCAAAGUCAUUUGCCAUUUUAUAAUGUGCAUCAUAUUAUAUUGCUAGAGUUAGCAAUAAUUACCUAAAUUAGUAGCACUUUAAUCAGUGCACUCACUUUAAAAUGAGUGUUCUGAAGAAACAAUGUUAAUUCUGAUUUCUCUCCAGGUGCUGCUAGACCUCCUGAGAUUUUGCAGCAAUUUGUUUUUAUUUCUGAUUUCCAGCACCCGCAGUUCUUUUGGCUUUUUACGUUGGAUUUUUCAGUUUGAUUCACCUUGAGGAAUAAUUCUGCUCAGACCUUACCACUUUCUGAUAAAGGUAUAAUCCAGUUUCUGAAGAGCCAUAAAAUUACCCUUGCCCCUCAGUUGUACUUUGUGAAUGAAUAAUGACUGGGAGCAAAAAUUCUUGUUACCUUGACAUCAAAUUGACUUGUCAGGUGUAAGGUAAAUUGUCGGCUACCCUGCUUGAAAAGUAUUUGUUCAGUCUUGUUUUACGAAAACUUUCAGUGCAAUAGUUAUUUAUUGUGUGGUCACUUGUACUUUCCAUUGAAUCAUUAUGAAGUGUGAUUUGUUUGCAAGACAGUAUGUGCAUUAUUUGACUUUUGAGCCCAGUGCUACCAAAGCAAAACAAAAUUCCACAUGGUACUUGUUCAAAGCCUUUUCAACAUUUAUUAGGUGUUUAUUUGUCAUGAACAAAUUUGUUUCUUUUUGGAUUUCUAUGGUAAUGUAGAAUUGGCUCCAUUUAUAGAAAAUUGAAUGAACUGAAAAGUUCUAAUUCUAGCCACAUGAAGCCUCUAGUGGUACUUUACAAUGGAAGGCAUUUUACUUGUAUCUUUUCUGCGGUCUUCCUCCUAAUAAAUCACUACUGUAAUAUUAAUGCAAAUAAUUGUGUUGCAGCUGCACAUAGCAUCCAGGCUGUCUGUAAGACCACAAGGUCUAAUUGGGAGGCCAUCCAGAUGCAAACCACUGUUAAAUGUGUAUCAAGGUCAUUCAGAGGCUGUGUGAGUGGAGGGGGGGGCGCGGAGAGAAAGGCUUCGUGACUCCUAAAACAAUUGGUUCAUUCGGCCUUUAGCAAUGGCUGUAUGCUCCAAUCUAGCACCGCCUCUCUAGUCACCUCUUCUCUCGCGCUCCUUGACAUGUGUGCAUCACAGUCCCAGUUUCAAGCAUUCAGUAAACUGAACGAAUGUCCAGCACCAGCAACAUAUAAAUAGCUUGAAAUUUUUAUGUAUAAUAUGAAAUUUAUGUACUUCACUGCAGAUGCAUCUGUAUUUGGGGGAACAAACAACUUGUUAAACAGGGUGAUUCUCAUGUUGUCGCUCUGCUUCACAAUUCCAUUAAGCUGCUUCCCCGGUAGCAAAAGAUAUACUUGUGUUCGUGUGUAGCUUUAUUCUUAACCAAAACACUGCCUUGUUUUCCAGGAAAGCUCAUGAAAACUGACAGUGAGAUUCUGAUCUUGAAUUGUGCCAGCCAAAAUUUGUAUCUAAUUCACUCACUUACCUUUUGAACAAUGCAAUAAUGCACAGUGCUUUAUUGUUCAGUUUACACAAGUAUCAAAUGAUGCAUACAGUGUUUAAAUCAAAUAAUUAAUAUCAAGUCAAUAGACUUAUUGGCUCUGCAUUAAGAAUUGGUUCUGCUGGUGGUCUGUUUUCCUCUAGUCAGAGGUUUGAUAGGCUGUCUUCCACUGCAGUGUCAGAUCUUCCAUGAUAUCCAAUGUUACCUGUCUUGCCACUUGGGGUAUGAGUGACAUUUAACAGAUCCAGUUUUGUCCAGUCACCGCCAUUGAAAUUCAUUGAUUUUAGCUGUUUGUCACAUGUCACUUAAUUUCACUACGUGUUAAACCACUUGAUGCAAUAUGUGAUUGAAAUCUAUAGGCGGCACCUCAGUUUAAUCAUUGUGCCGACCAUCAGGACUUUAUCCUCUUUUUAACUGCCUCAGCAGUCUUUGAUCAUUUAGAUUCUCAGUCCUGUGGAAUUUUGGCUUUAAUCUGUUGUGUGUUAUUUUAGGAGGGUUUCAAGAGGGUUUUAGAAGCUCAGAAGUUUCAAUGUUACAAGGAUUUCUUUCUUUUCAGUUUUUACACAUUGUCUAAAAUGCUCAACCCAGAACCUAAUUUAGCUGUUACCUAUAUGCUGUAUUCUUUUUUUGAGUCUAGAGCUGUGAAUACUAUCAAAAUAUAAAACUGAAGUCAAUUGGUGUUUACAAUCAGUUUUGCAAACCUUUGCACUUGGAAUUAAUUAUGCGGAAUGUUUGCAUUGAAUAAUGUAUGAGUUUCAAUUUUACAGAAGGACCAAAGUAAACAACUAGCAUAGCUUUUAUAUUUAAAAAAAAUCAACUGGUGUUUGUAAAAGAUAUGUCCAAUUGUAAAU